UUCUAUCUGAAGAUUAACAGGUCAAUUCUGAAGUUGUAAAAGCUCAUGAGAUUUACAAUCGGUUACUAUCACCAAAUCAGAGUGUCUGAAGUUGAAAUGAAGCGUGGGUUAUUCUUACCAGAAACUGCACUUUGAGGAUUUAAAAAAAUACAAGGCGGAGUUAUAGCAUAGUAAAGCCAGCUGGUAUCAUUUUUCAACCACACUUUAGAACCUCGAAUGAUUUUUUACUGAGAGAUCUUGCUAGAGUGAGGAACAUUGAAGGAUUAGUUAGUGCUGAAGUUUGAAGUGUUUUAGCAAGAUAACGAGAUCUAGAUAAUCUCUACAAGGAUAAUCUAGGGAUAAUCCUUACUCCAAGAACACAACUGGGAGUAUCAAGCAGCACAUUUUAUUUCAACGUAAACAUUAAAACAAAUGCGAUUGGAAUACGUGAAAUCGCAUUAAAGGAUUAAUUUAAGGAUUUCGAUUGGCGAUAAUUGCAACUUGUUAUUUGAUACAACAUCAUGGCUAGGAUACAAAGAAAUCUUUUAUCAUUAGUUUUUGUUGGACUAUUGUUUGCAAAGUCUAUAGGUGACCUACUGAGCGUUGCAGAGAAAUGCUGCCAACAGGGUACACAAUGGUAUCAAUCAAGUCGGGGACUCUGCAAGAACUCACCCAUGCCUGCUGGCAUACAGGCAGUAGAUCAGAUGAACUGUAGGGCUAUCAUAGAGGUGUGCUGCCUGAACAAGAAACAAGAGAAUGACUGUGAGAAUGGAAAGAAACUUGCCAAAAGGGUUGGUGAUUGUAUGGCAUUGAGAAACCAGUUAAAUGUCGAUGAUCAACAGGAAUGCUGUAACUGUUGCAAACUGGGAAGUCAAGCAAGGGAUGCUGGGAUAUCCUGUGAUCCUCGUGUUUUUGGUGUUUACUGGGGAAACCGCUGCAAUUAUGCUUAUCUUGAAUGCUGUGACCCUACCCUUCUCGAACGUGGUGAUGAGACCUUACCUUCUGGUGACAAUGGCACCAUUGGAGAGGAUUCUACUGGGAUAGGUGAAUUGAGGAGCCUCAGGGAUAUCUUUGGAGGAGGGGGGUUGAGACAAGAAAAAGAGAUACCAGUUGAUUCUAAUGAGACGACUACAAAACCUGUAGUUAAUGCAACUGAGCCAGGCUCUAUAUGCUCAAGGUUCCCUGGACAGUUGUGUGAUCACAUCUGUGAGAGCAGCCCUGGGGCAGAGGGAGCAAGCAGCUACAAGUGUCGUUGUCAUCCUGGCUUCCAGCUACAGGUUGAUGGACGCACGUGUAAACAAGCAAUCAACGAAGGAAGCAGAUGCAAUACAAAUAACCCCUGUGAACAUGAGUGUAUAGACACAGGCCUAGCUAUUGCCUGUAAGUGCUUUGAGGGAUAUCUCAUGAAAAUGGACGAAAAGGGAUGCGAAGAUAUUGAUGAAUGUCUGACGGGACAGAACGAUUGUCGCCCAGGAGAGACCUGUGUCAACAACCCAGGUGGUUAUGUCUGUGAACCUUCAACUGGUGAGCAGGGAGACGGCACAGACAGUGGAAGUCCUCUUACCCCACAAUGCAACUCUGGCUAUGCAUUUAAUACAAUUUCCAAUCGAUGUGAAGAUAUUGAUGAAUGUAUUAUCGGAACACACAGCUGUACCAAAGACCACCAAGUUUGCCGCAAUACUCAGGGCAGCCAUCUUUGUCAGUGUGAAGUGGGCUAUGAGUUUAACCCAAGCAUACGAGAAUGUGAAGAUGUUAAUGAGUGUGCAUCAAAUCGUGAUAAUUGUCGUCAAGGCCAGACAUGUGAGAACACUGUGGGCUCAUUCAUCUGUCGCAGAUCUAUCAGUUGUGGCACUGGGUAUACUCUAGAUAGAGCUUCACAGAGGUGUACAGAUGAUGAUGAGUGUAAAUUGAGGACACAUAACUGUGGUCUGGCAAGAGAAUGUCGUAACACCCCUGGCUCAUUCCGCUGUAUUCCCAAGCAGUGCCCCCAAGGAUACAGGUUGGACUACAGCACAGGAGCCUGCGACCCUGUUGAAUGCUCUCGUGGUUUCACCCCAGAUCGGUCAGGAAAUUGUAUAGAUCUGGAUGAGUGUGUUGAGAGACCACAGGUGUGUACAAGUACCCAACAAUGUAUCAACAGUAUAGGCUCAUACAAGUGUCGCAAUCUCAUCAACUGUGGUUCAGGAUAUGAACUCAACUCACAGGGAAAUAGAUGUACAGACAUUGAUGAGUGUGAACGUAACACUCACGACUGCAAGGGAGGUUCCAUAUGCCGUAACAGACCUGGCACCUAUGUUUGCCAGUGCCCAGAGGGAUACAGAAUGAACCAAGUAUUAAAUCGCUGUGAAGAUGUUGAUGAGUGUGAAAGAUAUGAUGGCCAGGUGUGUGCUACAAAUGCAGAGUGCCAGAACACUCCAGGGUCAUACUCAUGUAUAUGCAAAGAUGGCUUUGAAAACAGCGGACGCAGAAUAUGUAAAGAUAUUGAUGAAUGUGAAAGACCAGGAAUGUGUCAGCAUGAAUGUCGCAACACUUGGGGGUCAUUCCAGUGCACUUGCUUUGAUGGUUACCAGCUUAGCCCUGAUGGACGCACAUGUCAAGAUAUAGAUGAGUGUAAGGUUUGGGGCAAUAGAGGGCGUCUCUGUGUAGGUAUUUGUGAGAACAUCCCAGGUUCCUAUACAUGUUCCUGUCCAGAGGGCUACAGAAUGAUGAGUGAUCAGAGAACAUGUCAAGAUAUCGACGAAUGUGCAGAGCGAGGUACCACGUGUCUAGGAAAGGAUGAUAUUUGCAUUAACACCAGGGGGAAAUAUCGCUGUCAAACAGUCACCUGUCCAAAUGGUUUUGUCAGGGCCGCCUCCAGGGGUCGCAACCAAAGAAACAAUAUUCGCUGCCAGCGUCGUACGUUCGUGUGUGCCCAAGGUGAUAGGGAAUGUCUAUAUGCUCCACUUUCAUACUCAUACAACUUUAUCACAUUCCCAACGAAGAUCAGAAUCCCUGCAGACUUAUUCACAAUGCGAGGCCCAUCUUCUCCAUACAGACGUCUCGAUUUUGAGCUAAAGAUGGUGUCAGCAAAGGACCCUAAAACUGGAAUCACACGGGUUUCCCGAGAUUUCUUCUUCCUUGAUAAGGUGCGAUCCAACGAAGCAAUCGUCAGGCUAAAUCGUGAGAUCUCAGGACCUCAGGACAUUGAACUUCAAUUGAAUAUGCAGAUUUACAGCAAGGAGAUUACUACUGCGAAAGAAAUAUUCUUUGGGACUGCUGUCGCAAAUAUUACAAUAUUUGUAACAGAAGAGGGAUUCUCUUCCGAGAACAAAAGACCUGUUCUUCUCUAGGAAAGAAUGAUGUGCCAAAUAUUUGUGUUACCCUAUAUCACUGCGAUUUUAUUUAUUAUUUCAAUAAUUAUUAUAAGUUUUUUAUAUGGAAGAAUCAGAGAUAUCCAUGAAUCCAAAUAGCCCAAAAUAAUUUGAUUUUAUAAAUGGGUGUUAAUAACCAUUAAUUGAAUUAAAUUGAAUAAAAUUUAUUAUUUUCAUUUUUUACAUGAUAGGGUAACACUAAAACAUUUUGUUGUAACUGAAGAUAUAUUGAACAACAUUUCAUGGACUCGAGCAACAGUGAAUGAUUUCAUUUCGAGUAUUUGAGUGAACAAUGCAGGUCCAAAUAUUCUUACUCUGUUAGAUUAAACUACAUGUGUACAUUGAUAUUACAUUAUAUACCAAUGUGUUGAUUAAGCAUCACCAUGGUAACAUUGUGAUAAUUUAGCUUUGUCGUAGUAACACUGGAUGAAUUAAGCAACACAGCAGCGACACUCUGUUGUUUAAGCAUCUCUGUUGUAACAUUGAGUUAGAUAAGCAUCAUCAUGGUGAUAUUCUGUAAAUUAAAUCAACACCAAGAUGAGACAUUGAGUUAUUAAACUAUUACUUUGGUGACAUUGUGUUGAUUUAGCAUUAUCAUGGUGACUAUAUGUUAAGGAAGCAUAAUCAUGGUAACAUUGAGAGUCAAGCAUGACCAUGGUGACAUUGAGCUAAUUAUGGUGAUGUUCAUUUAAUUAAGCAUCACCAUGGUGAUAUUGUGUUUAGAAAGAAUCAUCAUCAUGGUGAUGCUUUAAACAAUGGUUAGAUACAUGUAAUGUUUUAUAUAGCAUUGUAAAUAGGUAAUAUGAUGCAUAUGUUAUGUAAAUAGUACCUACUAUAUAUUAGUAAUUAAUCACAUUAUGAGUAAUCUAAUGGAUAUUCUUAUAAUGAUUUGUGCACUCAUUGAAGUGUAGAAAUAAAUACUUGUAACAAAAAAACAAAGAUAAUUCUAGAUUUCUUUUAUUAAACUUAGACUCGGGAUUAUUUAUUUGAUUAUCUCUUGG